CUCUUUUCAAAAGUUCGGCCUCUUACCAGAACAGCUGGAUGUGACGUAAUAACAUUACGGAUGUGACGUUAAAACGAGCUGCCCGUGAGAAACACACUGUAAUCGGUAUGGAUAAGAAGAAGGUGCUGGACGUGACCGCAAGCUCGCUGGUAGAUCUCAAGGCCGAACUCUUCCGAAAACAAGAAGAAUUUAAGCAAGAGAAGCUAUCCAAGGAUGCCGGUGCUCCUUUUAAACCACGAGCAGUCACUAAGAAACCGAAUAUAUGGAGUAAGCAGAACUCUGGGGUCACAGCCCGAGCAGAGAGAGAUGUGGAGGAGAAGAUUGAAGAAGAUAAAUCUCUGGAUAAAUCAAGGCAGAAGCUGGAAGAAAAGGCACUGCUGUAUGAGCAGAUGACUAAAGGAGACUUUCCUGAUGAAGAAACAGAGGAGUUGUAUCUGGUUGACUUUGGUCAGAAGAUCAUAGAUAGGCAGAAGGAGGUACAGGCUUUGUAUCAGAAGGGACGACCGGCAGCCAAGGAAGAGAAGGAGAGUCCAGAUCUUCCAAUCCCAGCUGCACAAAAUCCCAGUGAGGAAUGGGUGGAUUAUGUGGACUCACUAGGAAGAUCCAGGCGCUGCUUGAGGAAAGAUCUUUCCGACCUCUUGAAAAUGGACAAGUAUCUGCAAGGAAAUAGACAAAACGUACAGGAGAAGACCCUGUUGUCUGACGAUAUGAGACGGGAGAUGCAGAGGCAGCAAUGGGAGCAGGAGGAAGAGGAAGCAUUGAAAAAACCUGAGGGACCUUUGCAUUAUGAGGAUAUUCGAGAACGUGAGGCCAGACAGCUCGGUGUUGGUUAUUUUGCUUUCGCACGAGAUGAAGAUGCACGUAGGAAGCAGAUGGAGACGCUGGAUAUGCUACGAGAUCAGACCGAAGAUCAAAGACUGAAGCGUGAACGUCUCAAAGCCAAACGUAAAGCCAUGCUGGAUGCACGACUUUCCAAACUGCGGCAGAAGAAGUCAAAGGAAAUGAAGGGAGAAGGAACUGUAGAGUCAGCAAAGCCAGAAGAGUUGCAGAUUGGACCAGAAGCCCUCGAGUUGGAGGUUCCACUGCCAGCUGAAAAGAAGGUGGAAGUGGUUAUCCAGGAGCGGAGGGACACACAGCCAGGGCUACCACAUGUGCGCGAGUGGGACAGAGGCAAAGAAUUCACAUAUGGGAGCUUGUUCAAGCCUUGUACAGACAUCAGCGACGAAAGAGACCCUGAGUUUGCACCACCGUCUGUUUAUGCCUCUAAAAAGAAGAGGUCUAAACGUAGAAAGAAGAGGUCUAAAGGCUUAAAGAAGAGAAUGCAGAACCAACCAGGACCAUCCAACUCUUCACAUUGGGGACAGAGGCAGAACCCAAGUGUGGUGGAACAGCCAAGUCAAACUACAGACAGUAACCUAGAUGGAAAAAGCUUGGAUGAGCUGAUCUCGUUUUACAGACAAGUGACCUGACCCAAGGCAAAGGAAGAUGGGCCUCUACAAUCUCAUGUGUUUGUGACUGGAAACAAAAAGACAAAUUUAUUUUGAUGGUCGUGAACUUUGUCCCUAUAUCCUGUAGUGUAGCAAAGUCAAGUUUCGUUCUUCAACAUCAACCAUAAAUAAACCUAAAACUAAAUAAAUAAGUUGGAAAUGGA